GAUUGAGCGGGAAAAAAAGAAGAAAGGAGAAGAAGCCGCCGGCUUGCAAAAUUGCUUCUGGCCGGGCCAGGAGCCAAAAGCGGAGGGAAGGAAGGAGCGCAAGGCAACCACCCCACCCACCGGACUGCACACACAGUCACACCGCCCUGUGGCUGCUGCAGGCGCGGGCGACGCCUCGCAACUUUCCCCUGCGCGCUUAUUUUAUCUCUCCCCCCCCUACACACACACACACACUCACACACUCUCUCUCUCUCUGUGUUGGCCGCGUCGGAUGAGCAGGGUUGCCGCGGCUAGAGGCUCUCAGCAAACCUCCCCUUCGCCUCUUUUUUUUUUUUUCUCUCUCUCGCUUUCGCCCCCUGCCUGAAGCGUCCGCCGGGGCUAAAAGGAUGGUGUUCCUUACGUUGCCGCUGCUGCUGCCGCCGCCGCCGCCUCCCCGCUGCAGCCACCCCGCAGCCAAGUGAACUGCGAGGAGUCCGCCGACUUGGAAAGAGGCACCAGCAGGCGGCUGGCUGGAAGAGGCGGCGAGGGCGGGAAGACCCCCUCUUGGCUCAGUCUGCAGUCUCGGUGGGACGAGAAAAAAUCUGCGGGGUAAACAGCAGCAGCAGCAGCAGCCCGGCGGAGGGGACUUCGCCUGGCCCAGAACUGCAGUAUCCACAUUACAGAUUGAGCCUGGUAGAUCACCAGAUGAAUCUGCGAACUCUAAAAAAGGGAUAAAUAUCAGCAUGUCUGAGAACUGAUCAAGAAUCUUGAGAAUUUAUACAUAACACCUGAAGCAUAGAAGGCAGAGAGUUCUUUAAAAAAUAAUUCACUUUGCUGGGUAAAUAUGGCAGAUCCUUCAGCAGAAGUACCGUUUUUUAUGAUGACACACCCACAAAUAAUGGAAUCUGCAGACAUGAAUGAACCUCAGUGCUACUACAACGAAACUAUUGCCUUCUUUUAUAACCAAAGUGGGAAAACUCUAGCAACUGAAUGGAACACUGUGAGCAAGCUUGUAAUGGGACUCGGGAUUACAGUUUGUGUUUUUAUCAUGCUAGCCAACCUUUUGGUGAUGGUGGCCAUUUACGUCAACCGGCGUUUUCAUUUUCCUAUUUAUUACCUAAUGGCUAACUUAGCAGCUGCUGACUUCUUUGCAGGGCUGGCAUAUUUUUACCUGAUGUUUAACACAGGACCCAACACUAGAAGAUUGACGGUCAGCACAUGGCUACUUCGCCAGGGACUCAUUGACACCAGCCUGACUGCUUCAGUGGCCAACUUAUUGGCCAUUGCCAUAGAAAGGCACAUCACCGUGUUUCGCAUGCAGCUCCAUACGAGGAUGAGUAAUCGGCGAGUGGUGGUGGUGAUUGUGGUCAUCUGGACGGUGGCCAUUGUCAUGGGUGCUAUACCAAGCGUUGGCUGGAAUUGUAUCUGUGAUCUCACUCACUGUUCUAACAUGGCACCUCUCUACAGCGACUCUUACUUGGUCUUCUGGGCUGUUUUCAAUUUAGUCACCUUUGUAGUCAUGGUGGUCUUGUAUGCUCAUAUCUUUGGAUACGUGCGCCAGAGGACUAUGAGAAUGUCAAGGCAUAGUUCAGGGCCUCGCAGGAAUCGGGACACCAUGAUGAGUCUCCUAAAGACUGUUGUCAUUGUGCUUGGUGCUUUUAUAAUCUGCUGGACACCAGGAUUAGUUCUGCUCCUUCUUGACGUUUGCUGCCCACAGUGCGACGUCCUAGCAUAUGAAAAGUUCUUCUUGCUGCUUGCCGAAUUCAACUCUGCCAUGAACCCCAUCAUCUACUCUUACCGGGACAAAGAAAUGAGUGCCACCUUCAAGCAGAUUCUUUGCUGCCAGCGCAGUGACAGCGCCAACGGACCCACAGAAGGCUCUGACCGCUCAGCCUCCUCGCUGAAUCACACCAUUUUGGCUGGUGUGCACAGCAGUGAUCACUCCGUGGUCUGAACAGAAUCCCACCAAGAUAAAUUUAGUGCUAGGUGAAUGCCUAGUUAACGAAGCUAUUGGCAGCAUUGUUGACAGCCUUUGAAGCAAAGAGAAUAACAACUUUUACAAGUUCUUACUCACUAAUGGGUUAUUGUGCUUAUUCACCAGUGUCCAGCCUACACAAAUUCCCUGGGCUAGCUUUUUUUCUUUUUCCUUUUUUUUUUAUAAAGAAUAACAUAAGGAGCUCACAUUGGGAGUUGAAAAAUAUUCGGACAAGUCAUUUAGGUCAUCCCAAUUAGCCAUUCAUCAGUCGAUGCUUUUAUGACAGUCCUAACACAAAUCCUUUCCACUUCUUUAAGCUUCAUAAGUGAUCCAUUGCCUUUUCAUUUAGAGCCUAAAGCUUUCUCUUUUCCCCCUCACCCCAAAUGGAUUUCAGUUAAUAAUCAUUCCCCCAUCACUUUGCUUUGGGACACACAUUUUCUGGGCAAAGAAUGAAACAAUUUUAGCUUACAUUACAAUGCCAAUAACAAUGAGAACCAUAUCAAAAUAACAGUGAGAAAUAACUGUCUAUGCCUUAUGUUUUAUUAAUGUUUGGGAGCAUGUUGUGUAUAUGCAGAUGCCUUUAAUCCUCACACCGAAAUCAGUGGGAUAUAAUGGUGUUGUUGUCUGGCUAUUUCAUCCCUGAAAUUUUCAUUGUCACUAGUAAAGAGCAGAAGGAAGGCUGUAAGUUGCAACUUUCUUGUGGCCAAAUACCUUAAUGUGGAAUAAAAAGAACCUAAAAGAUCAGCUUCUACAAGAAGCACAUUUUUGAGGCUGAGGCUGACUAAAGGGAUUCUGCUUUUGAAAAAAAAAAAAAAAGCAUUUCUUUGUUGUCUUGUACCAAGGGGAAGGUUUUUUUAUUUUUGUUUUUAAAUGAGAGCUGAGACUUGUUUGUCAGAUUUUAAGAUCUGUCCCAGAUUUUAGGGAAGGUUGAUGCCACACUUCCAAAAAUGGAUGACUGAGAAGCAGGUCUGCUUUCUGGUGAUCAAAUGUAUUGUUUGGGGGGGGGGGUAUCUUUUCCUUGCUAAAGGGUUCUACAUGUGAGGAUGGCUCUUUUCUCCAGUACAGGAGAUGGAGAAUCCACCAAUGGGUUUUCUUAACUUGGUCUUAGCUCUUGAAGACUCGUUUUGGCUUGGCUCUCAGAUAUUUCAGGUUAGUCAGAGACAAUUCAUUGGUGGAUUCUCCCUAAAUUAUUGGCUAACUUAAAUUGGUUACUCUCCCUUAACAAAUUCCCCACAGGUACUGAGAUCAUUUGUGAUCUCAAACUAAUUAAAAGGUGGGGGGGGGAAUUUCCUUCAGCUUCCCAUCCCAUUCCCAGGGCUCUGGGGGGGGGGAGAAGGCAUCAGCAGAGACUACUUGCUGUGCCUUUCUCCCCAGCCUCCCAGUUUUUCUCCCAGUUUGGGGGAAAAUAGCAAGCUCCAGACUUGGUUUCAAAAUUUGAAUCUGGAUCGCCAGAGCUCACUCCAGCAGCCAGGGCAACCACGGGCGCCAUCUUGGUUGCCGUUUUCAGGCAACAAAGGCUGUUUUUCGCCCAAAUUAGACCCUAAAGUGGUGAAAUCGCAGCGCACAACCAGCACUGCACCCACGAUCCCCCCGGGCACUAAAAAUUGCCAGAAGGCCACGGAGCCCAUUUUCGGAAGAAAACGGGCCGCAGCCACCAUUUUCAAAGCCGCAGCGAUCAACGGGAGCCUUUUUAAAAAGAUUCCCUGCAACUAGACAGCUUGGGGGGGGGUAGGCUCCGGAAGGUAGCUGAACCCAGGAUCGCGCGAAUCUACCACAGCGUGCGCCCUGAGAAAAGGUGUUCAGGUAAGACCAACUCCCCUUUUCCCAUUUUUCUUGAUGUUUCAAACAGAAACUAUGGCAUGAUAUUCAGUCUGUCCAAAGGCUAGAGUGUGAAUGGAGAAUGAGAGAUUGACAGCUGUCCAGGGACAUCCUAGGAAGACUUGCUACCUAAUUAGGCAGCAGCAGGACUAAGACUUGCCUCUUGAGAUGGAAGAUGAACCAGGACUCUCUCCAUCGUUCUCCUCUGCAUGCUUCUGCCACUCAUUCAUUGCCCAGAUGGUCUGUAAAAAAAUCUCUGAGGAUUUCUCAGAGCUAUGUAAACUGAGGUGGUUACUGCAGCUGUCUGUACAAAAUAGUUUUCGUAGACAUGAUCUCACAAUGCAUUUCUUUAAGGUUGCCUUUGGAGCAACACCUAUAUCAGAGGUCCCCAGUCCCCGGGCCAUGAACCAGUACCGGGCCGCGGCAUGCCAACAACCGGUCCGCACAAACAAGCAAAGCCCCAUCCAUGGAAUGCAGGCAGCACACAAAACCACACACUCUCCAGUCCGUGGAAAAACCUUUCUCCACAGAACUGGUGCUCAAAAGGUUGGGGACCUCUGACCUAUAUCACUCUAUGCCUUAGUUAUAAUGAAAAAUAUGAUCUGGGUAACAGGUCUGUGGGUAUUGGGUGGACUACUGUCUACACUAAUCUACUGUCCAGAGUAAAAAAUAUUUUGUAACGUGGGAGAACUAGUCUUGUAGCACCUCAUACAGGCAGCUGUAAGAUGUUUGAAAAAGCAAAGGGAUGCUGGACCUGAAAUGAAUUAUUAUUUUUAUAGUAUCCUCUAGUAAUUGAAAUAGCAUCCCAAUUUUACUAUCUAAAAAUGAGAAUGUUGGAGCAUUGUUGUGUAAUUUUCUUACACCCAACUGUUUCCUUACUCAAAGUGCAAAUUCCAUUCACAGUUUUUACACAGAACUCCAUGAAAUAAGAAUUUGACAGUAGUCAAAUCCAACAAACAGAUGUAAGAAUGAGAAAAGCAACUUUUAAAUAUCUCUUUGUAAUUGUAAAUUCUUAAGAUCAAAUAUAAAAAUGUUUACACUGAAGGCUGAGGACUUUUUAGAAAAAUUUGGGGCCAUUAUAAAUAAUUGUAGAGUAAUAUUAUUUGCAGAAGUCCCCUUCUAUGUUGAAAACCUGCCUACAUUAAGAAAAAAUACUUAGAAUCCUUGUUGGAGACAAAUCAAUUGAACGUUUUCAAAUGAAGGAUAAUAGAUUUGAGCUAGUGUCAUGUUUAUUUGGAUAGACUAGGUAGAUUUCUAAGAACAAAAUAUAGCAAUGUCAAAAAGAUAGACUAUUUAGCGAUGUACAAAGUGACUAGGUUAAAAUUAAAGCGAAGUGAUCCUAUGAGAGGGAAUAUAGGGAUCAUGAAAGGUUCAUCUAAUGAAAAAUACUAUAUUAAUUUCAUACUGAAAUUAAGAUUAGUGAGCCCAUUCUUCUUGACUUGUGUAACUUGUAUAAUAAAACAGGUCUGGCUGUUAGAAAGUUUCAAAAUACACUACACGCUAAGCCACUAAUAAAGUUUUUUUCAAUAAGUA